AAACGAAUUCCGAGUGGUUGGUUUCGAGGUAGAAGCUCGAUCAGUCGAUUACACCCAACUAGAGUUCGAAGGCAACAACUGUCAGCCCCCAGGUCAAAUCGGCCCCCAGUAUGUCAACCUUAAGGGCACAAGACUCCUCUUCUUCUACUCUGUUGAGUGGACAGAGUCCGACGUCAGUUGGGCUAGCAGAUGGGACAUUUACCUAGGCAUGAGUGACGUCGAGAUUCACUGGUUCUCGAUCAUAAACUCAGUGGCCGUGGUUGUAUUUUUAUCAGGCAUCCUCACGAUGAUCAUGGUGAGGACUUUGCGAAGGGACAUUGCUCGUUACAAUGCUGGCGAGAGUGAUUCCCUAGCUGGAUUGGACGAGUCCAUCGAGGAGACUGGCUGGAAAUUGGUGCAUGGAGAUGUCUUUCGACCCCCCACCAACUCCAGGCUAUUUUCAGCUGUCAUUGGGAGUGGAAUACAGAUAUUUUUCAUGGCUUUGAUUACAAUAUUUUUCGCCAUGUUGGGAAUGCUCUCCCCUGCGAGCAGAGGAGCUCUAGCUACAUGUGCUAUUUUCCUGUAUGUUUUCUCAGGACUUGUGGCUGGAUACUUCUCAGCCAGACUCUACAAGACGAUGAGGGGGAGAGAGUGGAAAAGGGCAGCUUUUCUCACAGCAACUCUGUACCCCGGGAUUGUCUUCACCACUUGCUUCUUCUUGAACUUCUUCAUCUGGGGAAAACACAGUUCUGGGGCUGUUCCAUUCACAACAAUGCUAGCACUUCUUUGUUUGUGGUUUGGAAUAUCCUUGCCACUGAUUUAUCUGGGGUACUUCUUUGGGUACAGGAAACAACCCUUCACACAUCCUGUUAGGACUAAUCAAAUACCCAGGCAGGUGCCUGAUCAACUGUGGUACAUGAAUCCAAUAUUAUGUACGUUAAUGGCUGGCAUUCUGCCAUUUGGAGCAGUUUUCAUUGAAUUGUUCUUCAUCCUUAAUGCACUGUGGGAGAAUCAGUUUUAUUACCUGUUCGGCUUCCUCUUCCUCGUCUUCUGCAUUCUCGUCAUAUCAUGUUCACAGAUAUCCAUCGUUAUGGUUUAUUUCCAGCUGUGUGGAGAAGAUUACAGAUGGUGGUGGAGAAGUUUCAUAGUGGGUGGCGGUUCAGCAGUUUAUGUACUAGCAUAUUCAGUAUUCUACUUUAUGACAAAACUCGAGAUAACCGAAUUAGUGCCAACACUGAUGUACUUUGGUUACACAACACUCAUGGUGCUUACCUUCUGGCUGUUGACUGGAACUAUUGGAUUUUUCGCUGCAUAUGCAUUCAUUCGAAAGAUCUACGCAGCCGUCAAAAUCGACUAGUCAAAAUUACUGCGUCAUGUUUGUUUUUAAUUUUCAAAUCAAUCUCUGUCGUGAAUCAUGUCGAAAGUAAGUGGAGGCCAGAGAGAAUCCAGCCGAAUUAUUUAUUUUUUCGGUAACUUGGACAAGUCCAAAUAAGAGAAAUGAAGUAAUAUAGGGAGAGAUAAGUUGAAUAUAAUAGAUAACAAUUGAAUGUCGGAGUUUAGGGACUUUGUUAACAUUAUAUUUUGUAAAAUAAUAACUUUUUAAGAAUAAAUAUUUGUAUGUGUGCGAUGACCAGAUGAAUUGGAAGUUCAGGGAGGGAGAAUAUGAGGUACAAUAUUCUAGGGAUCUAGUAUCUAAUAACAAAUUUAAUCGAGAUGAAUUCUACAAUGAGGUGAUAAAACGUUAUGGCUAAAAUUUGACGAAUUCGGUAAUUUUGUAUUUAGCUAAAAAAUGAAUAUGUUCAGGAGAAAAUGUCAAAACAUUAUUUUGAAAGAUAUAAAAAUUUGAACAAAAAAUGUCUGGCAAUAAUCUUUCCAACAAUUGUAUAUUACGAAAACAACUGUAGUUAGCAAGAUGCCAAAAAUCCUGGUUAAUGAUGCAUUUGUAUUAAUUACGAAUUGUCUUAGCACAGAAAAUCAUGGGAAAUUUUUUUGUACCUGACACAACUUUCUAUAAAAAAUAUCGCUUGAUAUUCAACAAGAUCUGAAUAAACCAUUGUUGUGCUGAGUUUUAUCACUUCACUGGUGAAAUAAAUUUUUCGCAUACUUGAGAGAGAAUAAUCGUGUCUGCAUCGAGUACUUAUUAUUCUGAUCAUUUGAGAGUUGUGUAAAAGGAAUUCAAUCAUUGGCUGAAUGAGAAUAAAAAUAUCUAGAAUAAAGAAUUUUCUUCGCCAACAAUUAUUUAUUUUAUGUACGCUGUCAUGCUGUGGAGAGUGCUCGUCAAUGAUCAUCUUGUUUUUCUCCAUACUGUUGCACCGAGAUUAUUGUGUACAAAAUUGAAGGAAUAAAAUAUCGAGGACAUUAAAUCAUAUCAAUAAAAUAUUUAUCAGUGGAGUUUCAAGAAGUUGUGACGAUUCAUCCUUUGUUUUGAUUUGAUGAGUAAAUAAAUUACGAUGAAAAAACCA